CAAUAGCUUAGUCUCCAUGACAUGUACGACCAAAGACCUGGGUAGGCGUCCCACAGUUUCAGUUCAAACUGCAUCGUGAUGAACUUGCCAGCACCAAAGAUCUCUGAGAGGCAGGUUAUCAUCCUGACUCAUCUGUUUGAAGCAGCCAGGACCUGGGCAAUUGCGCCCACUUUUCAUGCAGCAAAUAUAUGAGGAGAGGACCAAAGUAGUAACCAGUAACCUAGGCGUUACUUCCAACCAUGAUUAAACAGAAGAAAGAGCUCAGCUUUUGUUGCUCACAUUCCAGUUGGUGGACAGAGAGAAAUAACAGACACAAUAGUACAGCUGUGAACUGGGACCCAGGUCCACUGCCCAUACCCGGGAAGCGGGGAGAGUUAAGACCCACAUGGAAGGGAUGGGAGACCCUGGUUUCUGCAGACAAUCUUAAGAAGCUGAGAAAACCUACCCGAGGGAAGGACUGCAGCCCCCUGUUACCCCCAUCCCACUGCCCAGGAAGAUAUGACCGAUGCCCCUGCACGUCAUGUGAGCGUGCCACUGUGAGUGAGGAGGGGCGGUGUCUCAUCUCUGUGGGCAGGUCCCUCCCUCAUCUCUGCACCGUGAAGUGGCCCCUGCUCAUCGUGGAUCCAGGAGAGGCCCGGCAGUCUGCCCUCGGGCCCCUGUUGUACAACCGCCCCCUGUGUGCCACUGAUGGGGGAGGAGGCUCCUCUCAGCCCCCAGGUCCCCAGCUCCUCAUCCUUCUACCCAGCGUCUUCUCCUCUGGCUCCUGUCCAUUCUCAGUCUCUCUCUGCUUCUCAACGGGGAGUAGCCUCUGCCCAGAGGCGGAGUGUGAAGAAGGGGUCAAGGAAGGCUGGGAACAGCUGAUCUGUGUCUAACGUGGGCAGCGAGGGGCCCGAGAUGGGGGGAGCUACAGCCUGAGGGAUGUGUACCCUGGGGGGAACCAGAAUCAAGAUGGGACAUAGCAAGUUUUCUGGGGUCAUAGGGCCAAUUUGUAAGGCAGGAAGUGGACUUUGGGGUCUUGUGGGGGCAGAGUCUCAUGGUUGCCACAAGCUUCAGGUUGGAACAGAGAGACCUCUCUGGUCAAU